AUGAGAGGAGAGAAGGGGAGCGUGUCUUUGUUUCGUCAUUUCUCUCUUUUUUGAAACCGAAUUGUCUCCUUUCUCUCUCUCUCGAAACCGAAGCUCGGAGAAGGCGAUUCUCCUACUCUCGCCGUGGAUCGUCGACAUACCGGCGAUACUCCCUGUCUCCACACCUCCUAACGGAAUCCUCUGUCUCUGUGGCUCGUGUGACUAUGCGAUUCUCCCUCUCUCGCCGUGGAUCAACCGGAAUCGGAAGGUUCAAUUCUGUCUUGCGGUGGCUCUCCUCGACGACUGACGGAGCUCUCUGUCUCUCGGUGGCUCUCCUUGAUGGCUGACGGAGCUAUCUGUCUGGCGGUGGCUGUCCUCGACGGCUGACGGAGCUCUCAGUCGAUGGCUCUCUGCGAAUCGCUCAGGGAUCAAAUCGCGUUUGAUAUGUUCUGUGGAAUCUGAGAUGGCUGGAUCAAACGUGCUUAAGCAUGGGUCAUUUGACAGAGGAAUACGCAGCAUCAAAGGUUAGUCUUUCUCUCUUUUAUCUGGUCGAAAUGUGCUGGUGUAGCUUCUGGUCUGUAAUAAAAUGGUGUAGCUUCUGUCUGACUGGUAGUUAGGUUACUUAAUGGUUGCUUUAGUGUUGGGUUAUGGUUGUGUCACCGUAAUAAAUAGAAUUGAUGGUGUGAAAAUAAAGCAUUGUUUGUUUUUAGUUGUUUGUUGUUAGAUAUAUGUCAAGUCAUAUUGGUUGUGUGUGUUGAAUGCGAGUUGUGUGUGUUGGUUACAUAGACUUGUUGGUUGUGUGUGUUGAAUGCGAAAUCUCUCUCCUUCAUUUUCUUGAACGUUUUAUAAACUGUGUCUUCUAGUUCAUUCUCCAACAGAUGAAUGCGCCUUCUCAUUCCUUUUCCUCUUUCCCCUGUUUCUUCUCAUUCGCUUGUGUCUCCUCUUUCACCUCUUUCACCUCUUUCUCCUCUGUCUCCUCUGUCUCCUUUGUCUCCUUUCUCUCCUCUGUCUCCUCUUUCUCCUCUCUCAUUGACUUCGAAAAUGGAUUUCAAUCCAUUCCAGGACUCGGCAAAUUUUGUUGAACUUCUCCAUAGUCAACAAAAUGUAGUCUUUGGCAGUCAAGGACGCGUUCCAACCUCUUCAUCGCAAGUGCCGUCCUUUGGCAGUCAAGCUGCGGAGCUUCCAGUAGAGCGUAAGGAAAGAAGGACGUGGACAGUGACAGAGGAUAUAGUGCUGAUUAGCAGCUGGCUGAACACUAGCAAAGACCUCGUGGUGGGGAAAGAGCAGAAGUCAGCAACGUUCUGGACAAGAGUUGCAGCAUACUUCUCGGCUAGUCCAAAACUUGCUGGCUAUGAAAAACGCGACGGGAAUCAAUGCAAGCAACGUUGGCACAAGCUGAAUGAAGCAGUUUGCAAGUUUGCUGGGGCGUAUGAGGCAGCCACAAGAGAGAAAACCAGUGGCAUGAAUGACAAUGACGUUCUAAAACUAGCCCACGAAAUCUACUUCAACAACCAAACAAAGAAGUUCAGCCUUGAACAUGCGUGGAACGACCAGAAGUGGUGUGAGUUCGCUACCUCUAAAACUGAAAGUAGCUCCAAAAGGAGGAAGUUCGCUGACGGUUCGCAUUCAGGAGCAAGUUCUCAAGUCAAUGAAUGCGAUGCUGGUGUAGAAGGAACAUCUCGUCCCUCUGGUGUUAAGGCUGCAAAAGCUCGUGGAAAGAAGCCGCAGGUUGAGGGGCAAGAUGUGUCUGAUUAUCAGCUCAUGUGGAGCAUCAAGAAGGAUGACUUGGCAAUGAAGCAACAGCUCUCCAAGAUGAGGGUACUUGAGAAGCUUCUUGCAAAGGAGAAUCUAGCUGAUUAUGAAGAAGAUCUCAAGAAAAAGCUUAUAAAUGAGUUAAUGUAACUCUCGGUUUGUUUGUUUGAUGUUCAAGUUCAUGUUCUAGUUUGUUUUAUGUUCAAGUUGUCUCGGCUUUAUGUCUUCCUUAUGUUUCAUGUUUCAUGUUCUCGGCUUUAGGAUCUACUUAAAUUUGUAAUGUUUUGCUUCAUGUUAUGUCAUGUUCUUUUUCUUGUUCUAA